UAAAAGCCUGUGAAGAAAUUGAAAUAACCGGUCCUAUUCAAGAGAUGUUAUUAAGAUGUCUAAAAAAGUUGGAUCCUAAAACUAAAAUAAAUGAUCCUAAAUCGUUUAAUGGAAAAUUAGGAAGUAUGGAUGCUUUGGUGAAAACUUGUUAUGAAAACAGUCAAGAUAUUUUGAACAAAGAACAAUUUGAAAAUAGACCUGAAAUUAGUUUUGUAAGAAAACUAAUGAGAUGUUAUUACUUUAUAGUUGGAAAAAGCAACCCAUUGAGUGUGAAAACGAUGGUCGAUAAUUUGUUUAAAGUAACUGAUCUAGAAAGUGAAAAAAUAUUUAAUAAGAAAAUAUGGCAAAAUAUUAUUAAAAAAGAAUAUGACUUGGUUCCUAAUUUUAAUCCUAAACAUAACUUAGAUGGACUAAGACUAGUUAUGAUCAGACUUUUUUUUACAAAUUACACUAUUGUUAUUGGGUUUUUAAAAAAGAAAAAUCAGACAAUGAUUCAAUAG